AUGGCCGUGCCAUGGCACUCAGCGCGCGACUUCGCUGGGCUACGGGGCCUGGAGCGCAAGCCCGUGCUGGGGCGCCUGGCGGUGCCACCCGAGCCCGAGCCCCCCGGUCCGCCCGCUGCGGGGGCGGCGCCGUUGAGCGCGGCGGAGAAGGUGAAGCAGCGGCUGGCGGCCCUACGAGGUGCGGCUCCGUCGCGUUCCGCCGCGGCUUCUUCUUCCGCGGAGUUCCGCCGUGUGCCGGGCAUCGCGGUGCGGAGAGCGGCUCCGGUGCCGAAGGAGGAGGAGGUGGCCAACUUGCUGGCCUUUCAUUGUCCAAGCAAACGCUGUGGGCAUCACUGGGUGACGGGACGUGGCGCCACCAGCUCCGAGCAGAUUUGCAAGUGGUGUGGGGAAUCCGUGGUCGGUGUGCCGAGCAAGGGGAGCAUCUUCUGUGAGAUUGACCAGGAGGCUGGGACGAGUGCUGGUGAGGUGGAUGUAAAUCAAGGGCGGCAACUGGGCCUGCGUGGCAUUGGGAAGUGA